GAAAACAAUAUGAGCCAUGAGCUUUGUGUUAUCGAAGUGAAAUACGGAACAUUCUCAAAUUCCAUGUUAUCUAAAAAUAAGGUUUGUCAUUACAAGAGCAGAUCAAUGACCCUUCGGAGAAGAUAUUCAAGGCUGUUGUGGUAUGUAAGCAAGCUUAUCAUUAUUUAAAUAUUAGUCAGAAUAGAAGAACGGUCUUCUUUUCAGGUAUAUAAGGGGGACUGAAUCAAGUAUAACAUAGUUUCACUGCAACGGUUCUAACUUGGUUAGUCUUUUGGUAAUCUUUCGAAUAUAAUGUUUGGCCAAGUCAAGAAGGUGAGCUCAUUCAAGGCUGGACAUGUACAAGCCAGCAGAACAAGUGGAGGAAGCUACAGCAAAAUAUAUGUUGGUGGAUAUGCAUCUAGUGUCUAUGCAGGGGCCGGUGGUUUGGAAACAAGGAUUUCUUCCAGUGCACAACAUGGAGGGUACCAGAGAGAUAUGCCAAUCAGUGGUAACGAGAAGGAAACCAUGCAGAUUUUAAAUCAUCGUCUGUCCAGCUACCUGGAGAAGGUACGGUCUUUGGAAAAAGCCAAUGCUGAACUAGAGUUACAGAUUCGAGACUGGUACAGCAGCAAUGCAAUACGUAAGGAUCGAGAUGACAACCCUUAUCAUCAAACUAUAGAAGAUCUGAAAGGCAAGAUCCUAAGUGCCACUAUGGAAAACGCCAGCAUAUCGCUACAGAUAGACAAUGCUAGGCUAGCCAUUGACGACUUCAGAAUAAAGUUUGAUAGUGAGCAAACUCAGUGUGCUGCUGCAGAAAAUGAUAUAUUCGAGCUACGUAAAGUCAUUGAUCACUUUACCAUUCUUAAAGCAGAACUGGAAACACAGAUCGAGAACACGAAUGAAGAGUUGAUUUUCCUUAAGAAGAACCACACUGACGAGAUCAAAGAACUACAAAAGAGAACAUAUGGCAACGUUGAAGUUGAGGUAGAUGCCACUCCGGCUGUGGACCUUGCGAAAAUCAUGGAAGACAUGAGAGCACAGUAUGAACAACUGGUUGAAAAACAGCGCAUGGAGGUUAAAUAUUGGUAUGAGAAAAAGGUUGAAAAAUGGAAUGAAGAGAUAAGCAUUAGUACAUCUGAACUAGAGUCGUAUAAGAAAGAAGUAACAGAACUCAGACAUAAAACACAGGGGCUGGAACUAGAAUCACAGACUCAGCAUAAUAAGAAAACUGCAAUGGCCAGUACCUUGGAGAAUGUGAACAUCCGAUCUUCCGUUCAACUGGCAGAAGUACAAGACAAGAUAAUGAGUGUCGAGGCCCAGAUGCAGCAAACAAAAAAGGAUAUUGCAAAACAGAUCUUUGAGUUUGGAAUUCUGUUUGACCUGAAGACCCGACUGGAGAAUGAGAUUGCCACUUACCGCAGCCUUCUGGAUGGAGGCGAACUCAGCCUUUCCACCAACUCUUAGAAGACACCUGCAAAUACAAGUGGAGGGGCAUGUACACAAAUCUAAAUUAGUCAUAUAACUAAGGUAAUAAUGUAGAAAUGCUGAGUGAUCUGUUACACGUUUUAAUCCUGCAAACAUUUGUUACUAAAACUAUUUCUAAAUUAAGGAUCUUCUCAAUGAUUCAUACAAAUAUUAAAAUGUAUCUAAAUA